CUACUGACUAGCAUUCCGGAUUUUGCGAAUGCGACGAAAUAUUCGCGUUGCUAUGAGGAGGCAGACCGUCUACUUCAGGCAGGUCACCUUUUCCUCUGCGGAAAAACGACAUCGUCCGAGGACAAGUUAAGUAUUUUUGCCUUGUGCCUCGCGACGAGCAGCGUGAGGGGAGACCCCCAUGAAAUCAACGUGGAGCUUGUUGCGGGAGGUGACAGCUGCAAGUUCAGAGUCGAGAGGGCAAUCUGCUCGUGCGUGGCAGGCCCGUCGGAAUGCUGCAAGCACACAGUGGCCGCUCUUCUACAUUGCAACAGAAUGGGAAUUCACCGGCUGGAAGAGCUGAGCUCCACAGAUAAGAAGUGUACGUGGAAGAAAACUCCUGGGCAAGCACUUUAUGGAGAGCCUUUACAGCUGAAGGCCUUCUGCCACGUUAAGACUCUGCCAGCUCCCCUGGAACUUGCACCUGAAGAGGAGGCAGACACCCUGAAGCAGCUGAUGGGGGCUUGCUUCAAUUCUGCACAGACUUAA